UUGUCACCGAAAAGUAAAAAGUAAGAUUAAGGAAAAAGAUGUGGCUGAAUUACGAAUUUAAGAUAUUUUUCAUUCUAAUUCACAGUUUGUUUCUUCACUUUGUGAACAAUCCUAGAAGAUGGAACAAAUAAUAUGAAGACUUUGAAGUUUGGAGAUUUAUUAGAGUCCUGUUUGUUUUACUGAAUUAAAUUACAGUGCAAGUUAACAAUGGCAGAUUUUCUAAGAACUUUUAUACUUAUUUCUAGAUUUGCUGUAAAAUGGAUGUCAUUUGUCAUGAUGUGUUUAAGUUGGGCAGUAGGCAUCAGCAAUACUGCUCAGAGAAAAGAGAAUUACCUGCCGGAUUAUAAUGUUUACCAUAACCUUUCUAAGAUAUACUCUGAAAUAUCAGAGAUAGCUGAAAGAAACCCAUUUUACAUGCAGCUUGAUAAUACUUAUGUCUCUAGACAUGGACGUUCUCAGCUUUUACUACACAUUUCCAAUUUCUCAGAUAGUCAUGAACCUAAUGAAAAUGGACAACCUCAGUGGACACCAUCCAAAGUGAGAAUUCUCUUUUCCUUUGGAGAACAUGCUAGAGAAUUUUUUCCCAUUGAAAGCCUUUUUCAUCUUCUCAGAAAUUUAACUCGGGGAAUUCAUGCUGUUAGAGACUCUCCAGAAGAGCUGUUCAGUAGAAAGCUGCUUUCCAAAGUAGAUUUGUUCAUCAUUGUCAUGCUGAAUCCUGAUGGCAGAGAAUAUAUCGAAAAAACCCAUAAUUACUGUUGGAGAGGAACAAGCACAGGAGUAGAUGUGAAUCGAAACUUCAACUGGAACUAUGGAGGAGAAGGAAGUGCUUCAGAAACUGGAUCUGAGGAACUGAGGGGACCACAGCCAUUUUCUGAACCAGAAUGUUUUGUUUUAUUGGACAUUACCAAGAAAUACAGUUUUGAUGCUUUUGUUUCAUUUCAUUCAGGAAUUCGGGAGAUUUAUGUACCAUUUGCAGAUUCCGAGUCUAGAAGGCUGAAACGUAAACCAACUAACAUUGAGUUAAUGAUGAAGCUAGCCAAAAAGAUGGCAGAAAUAACUGAGCCUCAUUUUGUGUAUGGUCAAGCAUUUGUUGUUAAUCAAUACACUGCAGAUGGCACCAUCUUUGACUACAUGGCCGGAAUUAAGAAGGGGAUACCCACAGACCAGUCAAGUAAGCUGGAGAUAUCUGGUAGCAGUAGUCCAAGCCAUCUAGGGGCUAGCUCCGCUGACGUGAUCAGGUAG